AAAAAGUUAAAAAAUCUAAGCAUAUGAAUGAUAGGAAAUUCUCUAGAAUUUUCAAAAUAUUUUUUUGAUUUUGUUGAGAAGAAAUAAUAGGGUCUCUUGUACUUUUUUUUCUGAAAAAAAAGGAUAAAAUAUAAAGUAAUGAGAGAACGGUUUUUCUUUUCAUUAGCAAGAAUUUCAGCCAUACAAAUCUUGCGUUCAGCAGGGAUUACUCGUGCAAAACCUGUUGUAACAGAUAGUUUUACUGAUAUCUUUAUUCGGUAUAUUCUUUUAUUGGGCACAACAGCGAAACAUUUUGCAGAAAUUUCGGGUCGACCAUUAGUUGAAAUGGAAGAUUUGCGUGCAGCGAUGGAAAAUAUUGGUUUAUUGGGAGUUUCCUCUACAGAAGAUGAUGUUGAACCGAUAGAAAUAUUUUUGAAUUGGUGUAAAGGAAGUUUUACAGCAGAACUUCGGCAACUGUCUGGUCAAGAAUCUAAGCCUGGUAAUUCAAGUAUAGGUUGGCUAGAUAAAUUAAUGCAGAAACAUAUUAAGGAAAAAUUUCAAGGAACUGUUCUCGAUAAUAAUGUAGAAACACCAGUUCCUAGAUUAGCAGAUCCUCGUAUAAUCAAUUUAUCGCCAUUGCAUGAGAAAAUUGAAACAAUGUUAAAGAAAUAAUAUUACAAGUCUAAAAAUUCAUAUUUAAGGUUUAAAUAAGAAUCUUAUAUAUCGAUUAUAAAACAUAAUUUUUUGGCUAAUUCUAUUCCUACUGCAGAAACGCUUUCCACAAUCAUUUGCCUAACAUUUUCUUGAGUUUUAUAAUAUCUCGAUUGGCUUACAGGCACAAUUGUCAUAUCUUCGAAAACAUGUAUUUCUUCAAGAUUGAGGUUUUGAAUGUCCUUUUCCUUUAAAAUACCUGGGACGUCAUAAUUAAGAAGACUAUUUUUAUACUUUUGUAAAUGUUUUGUUGCUUUGUUUUCUAAAGUCUUGAUAUGUAAUGAAUCUAUAUAGGAAACAUUGCAUAUAGGCGAUAAUAUGUUUGGUGUUGGCUCUAAAGUAUGAAAUGAGAUAUAUAAUGACCCACCUAGUUUCCAAUGCUCUAGAUAUCUUUUCAGUGGUAUCCAUUCAUAUGUUUCCUGAAAUUGUUAGCAACAUUUUUGAUGUAUUUUAUUUUUAUACAGGAUCUAACAACUCACUUGGAUGGUAUUCUCCCUUAUAUUUCAUUUUUUGAUGGUUAUGGAUAUAAUAUCCUAAAUUCGAUAAAUUAAUAUUUAUAACUCUUGUUUUUUACCCAUAUAAUAAAACUGACAUUUUCUUUCUCGU